GUAAUGUCGUAUUUGUUCACCGCUGUUGGUCUCAAUUACGUAAUUUCUGUCUUGUUGGAAGGGGAUUUCAACAGGAAAGUAGACUUGAACCAGCAACAACAGCGAUUAGAAAGAGAGACGUUUGUGUAGUUCUUAAAGCAGAUGUUGAGUUCUAAAAAGAUGCCCUAUACCCAGGACUUUCCAGAGAUGGAAAGCACAGAUCUGUUGGGACUGCUGUUUAACGAUGGGAAUGCUGAUAAUGAUGAUGUCUUCGCUGACGGGGCCAUGCUGAUGGAGGAAUGGGGUCUUUCGGAGCAAGAUAUGCUGAAUGGCAUUGAAACAGAAGACUUCUUAAAUUCCAUUUUGGGCAGUUUGGAAGACGAGCCGGCUACAUUACAGUCCUGGUCCCCCCAGGGCAGUGACAGCGGGAUAUCUGAUGAUAACAAUAACUGGAACAGCUCUUCCAGCAGUGACAUCACACCAUCACCCAGUCCCAAGUUCUGUGAACAGCCAGUCAACAGCCCUGAAUUUCAAACCAACACCGAGGUCAUACAGACAGACCAUAACUAUUCCCUGAACCAGGACCAGCAGAGCACCAGCGACACUCUGCAGAGCGUACGAACGGAGCAUCCUGAAACAGACGUGUCCAUCGAUUUAGAUGACUGGGAAUCACAGUAUAUGGUUGAAGAUUACUCCAGUGAAACCCCGGUCUCUCUUGCAAUGGAAGAUUUCUCUCAGUCUGAUAAGGAAUGCCAGAUCCAGUUUCAAUUCAAGGAACUGGUUCUAACAGAAGAAGAAAAGAGAAUUAUGGGAAAGGAAGGGAUUUCAAUACCAACUAAUUUGCCCCUCACAAAGGGUGAGGAACGCAUGCUGAAAAGGAUCCGAAGAAAGAUCCGCAACAAGCAGUCAGCCCAAGAGAGCCGCAAAAAGAAAAAGCACUAUGUGGAUGGGCUAGAAAGCAGAGUUGCUGCCUGCACAGUUCAGAACCAGGAGCUACAGAAGAAGGUGAAUCAGCUACAAAAGCAAAACCUGAGUCUUAUUGAGCAGUUACGGAAGCUUCAGACACUGGUGAAGCAAACCACAAUGAAAUCAACCACCUCGAGCACCUGCAUCAUGGUAUUCCUGUUGUCAUUUUGCCUGAUUGUAUUCCCAAGUGUGAACCCAUUCGGUACAAGCGGGUCCCAGAAGGAACUGUACACCCCUUCAGGAGUUAUUUCAAGAAGCCUUCGUUCACUUUCUGGUGUGGAAACCAUUAAAGAUGAACCAGCAACAACACAUUCCCUUGAUGCCACAGAGAAGGAUCUGUUAUUAAAUGUGGAAAUCACAAAAUCUGUGCUGUCUGAAGGGCUGAAUCGCACACCAGAGGUUCAAAAAGUAGAAAAAGCAGAAUCUGAAUCUGCAGUUAACAGUAACUCCUCCUCCGACUUGCCCUCACAAGCCAAAACCAAGCUGUCACCGGCAGGAGAAAGACACCUCAGCCCUGGAAAUGAGGCGGUGGACUACACAAUGACUGCCGCCGCAGUGAACAAGGAGGACUGGCUCGACCAGAAAACCACAACCGUGAUAAUACAGCAACAUCGCUCGGAUGAAAUGUAAAAGGAAUGUUCCUGCUCCAGUUUUGAAAUAAGUUUAGUCAGUCAAGCCGUGCACUGUAAGCAGAAUGUUAUAAAUAUUUAUAUAUAUAUAUAUAUAUUCCCUUGUAGCAAGGGUUUCCAUGCGACUUAUUUGACGUGGUGAACAUGAAGCUCUUACUGUUGUAUAGUAUACUGUGUUCAGGUGAUGCAAACUUUAAAUAUGUUGGGAAACAAUAUGGCCCUGUGUUUUAUAUACAGUACCUUUUAAGAUAAUCCAUGUACUUGCAUCAAUACUUUAUGCCCUCUGAAUUUACAUAUCUGUGUCUGUUUAUUAUCCCAUGGUAUGUUUUUCUUUUAAUCGUCGUUUAUUGCUUAUGGAAUGUUUGUUUUUUAUUGUUGUAUUGAAAUGUUAGAAGAAAAUGCUAUGACCUGUAGAAUCAGUGACUGCAAUUUGUGGGGAAAAAAUAGAGGAUUUACACAGCUAAAGCUUACUGUUACCUGUAGCUAUAAAUCAAUCCUUACUGUGUUUCUAUGUAGUGCGCACUGUGUUUCUAUUAUAUAAUCAUCUGAUGACUGUGACUGUCAUUGCUAUGCUAUUGAUUGUACUGCAGUACUGUUUAAUUUGUGUCUUUUUUAAAUAAUAAUAAUAAAAAAUAGAGCGCCA